AUGUUCGAUAAAAUGAUCCAGACAUAUGAAGUUAAAGCUAAGAAGCACAACAUAUACAGGGAAAGAAUCAUAUAUAAUUAUCAGCCUCUUCAUAGAGAACUAUAUGAACUGAAUCCCUCAAGCUUCUUUGUGCCCUCUUUCAUAAACGCAUUCAUGGCUAAUGAUGAUGUCAGCAGAAAUCAAAGUAUCAGAAACAUAAUGUCUGAACUUGUUCCAGGAGUUUUCACAUUCGAUAUGCUCCACCCAGAUUUCUGUGCAAAGAUGCUAGCUGAGGUUGAAAAUUACGAAAAGUGGAUUCUGGAAACAAAAUCAUCCACCAUUCGCCUAAACACCAUGAACAAAUAG